GACUAUGGUUUCAAGUUGGUUUGGCAGCAAAAUCAAUAGAAAUGAAUCCGGAAGGACCCAAGCCAAAACGAGCCUUAUUUGUAACAACUUCCUCCAAUCACGUGCAAUUCACCUACUUUCUAGAUGAUUCAACUGAAUGUAUUAAAGCAGAACGAUUUGGAGUACAGCAAAACAUACCAGGGAAAUACUAUUUUAAAGAUGAUAAAAUGUAUAUAACUGUUAUGAAAACGGAUUAUUCAAACUACGCCAUACUCCACGCCUUGAAGAAAAUAGGGCAAGAGAUGAUCCCUUCGGUGAUCUUUCUCAGUCGAAGACUGAGUGUUGAUUCAUAUGAAAAAUAUCUUUUUCACUUCAAAACUCUCAGCCAGGAAAUGAACUUCAGUGGAAAGAAUAUAAACCUAUUUGAAGACAUAGAUCAGUGUGCCAAAAUUAUCAGUGAGUCUCCAAAAGGUUCUCCUAUCAAGAUUUUCUGAAUCUUCAUCUCUGCAAUGCUGCUACUUGGCUUCACCCUCCAAGUCUCCUCCUCUGGCUCCUUCCUCCACCCUCCCAUCCACCUGGAAUCAGGACUCUUCUUGGUUUGCUGAUUGAAUGUGCCUCUGAGGGGAAAAUUCAA